GUACAUACAUCCAUGUCUUAAAUUUUCUAUAUGUUAAACAUCUCUUAUAUAUAUAGGCCACUUUUGCCUAUUUGAUUCCUAUACAAAGCUCCAAAAUAUAUAUAGCAUUGAACAUGAAGAAAAAAAUUGUGAUUGAUAUCCCAGUCAGCAGUGAUAGGUGCAUAUCAAAGGCAAUGCAGAUUGCUGUAACUAUAUGUGGUGUUACGUCGGUGAAUGUAGAUAAGGGAAAAGGCCAUUUGAUUGUGAUAGGAGAAGGGGUUGAUUCAUUUGAUUUGAUGAGGUGCAUAAAGAGGAGGUUUAGGUGUGCUAACAUUGUGAGUGUUGAAGAUGUGAAACCUCCCAAUGAUGAAGAAGAAAAAAAGAAGAAGGAAGCAGAAGCAAAGAAGAAAAAGGAAGAAGAAGCAAAGAAGAAAAAAGAGGCAGAAGAAAAAGAAAAAGAAAAGUGUUGCAAAUCAUGUUGUGAUUGUUGUCCACCAUAUUGCCCUCCAUAUUGUCCACCAAACCCUCCAUGUGUACAAUAUUAUCCUGUAUGCCAACCUGUUUAUGAUAAUUAUGAUCCAUCUUGCUCUAUUUUUUGAUUCCUCAAAUAAAAUGGAAUUUUUGUUCAACCUAAUACAAAGGAUGCUCAACUAUAUUGCAUUUACAUGCAAGGGCAUUUUUACUAUCCUAUAGUUUCGGCAUAGCAAAGUUUGCACUAUCUUUUUGUACUUAAACGGCACAACAUGCUAGGUGCGUUGAAGAAUGAAGUGAAUCUAAUGAUCCUACUAUUUGUGGAA